UGCUUGCCCGCUCUUGACCACGUUUCCCAGAUAGAGCAGUGAGGUUUGUGUGCAGCUAUGGCGGAGUCAAUGUAUCUGCUGUGGGCGUCCGGGUCCUCGCCCUGCUGGCGCUUCAUGAUCACCCUGGAGGAGAAGAAACUGCAGGGGUACAAACAAAAACUGCUGUCUUUUGAGAAAGAGGAGCAUAAAUCUAAAGAGGUUUUGGAAAUCAACCCCAGAGGACAGCUUCCUGCCUUCAAACAUGGAGACAUCAUAAUCAAUGAGUCUGUUGGAGCGUGUUUGUACCUGGAGAAUCAGUUCAAGUCUCAGGGCAACAAGCUGAUCCCCGACAGCCCCGCAGAGCAAGCUCUGAUGUACCAGCGUAUGAUGGAGGGUCUCACUCUAAAUGAGAAACUAAAGUCGGUUGCCUUCUACGACUUCUACGUCCCCGAAGGAGAGCGCCAUGACUCUGCUCUGAAGAGAAACAAGGACAAUCUGGUCACCGAGCUUCAACUCUGGGAGAGCUACCUGGAGAACGUGGCUGCAGGCCGCUACCUAGCGGGAGGAUUCUCCUUGGCCGAUGUUGUCGUCUUUCCAAGCGUUGCUGCCGCCUUCAAUUAUGGGUUGUCUCUAGAACGAUACCCCAAACUGGCCAAAUACUACAGCCUCCUGAAGGACAGACCCAGCAUCAAAGCCACUUGGCCCCCAAAGUGGUUCCAAAUCGAACAAAGAUCUGAAAGCCUGAAGGACAUCUGAAGACAUCUGAAAAUUACUUUUACACAUUUAAGAAAAAAAUAUAAUUAGUAUAAUUUGCUAACGUGGGUCGAUCACCCCUGUUUUCUCAAUUUGUGUAAAAUGCAGUGUGAGUGCGCCCUGAAAGCUGAAAUCAGAUGAUCAAAACUAAUCACAGUUCAUUUAUUAAUAACUGAAUUGACAUGUUUUGUAUGACUUGGCUAUUCCUCAAUAAAGAAAUGAUUUUGUCUGUAA